GUCACACAUGACACGUAUGCUUUUACUGGAGAUACAGGAUGUUUGGAAGAAAAUCACAACUUGUAUCCAUGUACACGUUUAUCAAAUUUGCAAUUUCCAGUGUGUUACUUGCGUGGGUAGCAUUUCUACUUCAUCUGUUUUGUCAACUUUGUUCAGAAACACCUGCCGCCAUGGUACCUGAUGAUACGGAAAAUAUAUCAAAUGUGAGGUUAUAUUUGGAGAUUAAAGAAAUACUAAGACAGCAGCUGCGUGACAGAGUUAUGUUUCUUGGAAUCAGCUUCAUUGUGAUAAUCCUCCACGUCAUCACCAUCAUCAUCAUCAUUAUUGCUUUAUAUUCGAAAGAUAAUUGGAUUACGAGCAUUUUUAACUGGAUGCAAAAUUUACAGAAAUAUGUCCCUGCAGUUACUGAAAAUGCAUCUAAGAACUUGAAGAAGACUUCUCAUACAAGGUUGGAGAAUUCCCUCUGUGUGGUGGGGUUUGAGGAGGGUGAGACACAGAGACAUCAUGUUGAGAUGGCGAAGGAUCUGGUCGGCCCCGACAAGAGACUUCAGAUGAAGUCCGUGGUUGUAACGUCUCCAGAUUCCUUAGUCAACAUACCGCCAUCUAAAAUCCUCUUGAUGUUUGUGGAUUACAAUGAAAGAAAUUUGAUAAUAGAGGAGGCGGAAGACGGAAUACGAAGACGAACAUUGGAUGUACUGAUAAAAAGUGGAGCUGAAGUGAUUGUGGUUUACUGCUGGGAGCUAUCCUCGAAGAAUUUAGAAGAGGGAUACCUGUAUGCCCCUAAAUUAGGUUCCGUCAGCAAAGUUCCCAGACUGAUUGAGCUCAGUAGGAAGAACUCUGUCUACAGCAUUUACAAACAAUUCAAACAGCAUCAGAAGUCCGCCUAUCAAAGGAAACUUAAAGAGCUUCAAGAAUUCAUCAAAUGAUUUUUUUUUUCACAUUCUUUGUGCUGGUUUUUAUAAUUUGAUCUCAUAGAGUAUAUAUCAGGUACAUAAUUAUUUUUUGCGUUGGUUAUAAUGUCUUUAUUCAUUUCUUUUUAAUUGAGGUUUGUUUUUAUUUGUAAUGGAGGUUUGUUUUUAACAGGGUUUUUUUAUCCGUUAUCUAUUACCUUGUUUUCCUGCAAUUUCAAAGGAAAAACAAAUAGAAAUGGUUAACUAAACCUGCUCAAGUUGAUAAGCUAUUCUGCUUAUAUGGAGUUUUUAUAAAUUGCCAAGCUCGUUCACUAUACAUGUACAUAUGACAUUUCUUGAGUCAUAUUUUCCCGAAUGUUUUUUAAACUCUGUGUACCUAUUACAAAUUGUUUCUCCAAGUGAACUAUCAUGUAUUUUAAACAGAUAUUCUAUUUACUAUAAAAAAAAUUUAAGGAGCUAAAAAUUCCUAGCAAUUUUGGGGAAACAUUCAAUAUUUUGGAAAUUCAAGUAUUAAAAGAUUACGUACUUUGAACAAUGUUUUCUUUUUACAUUUUCCAAUAAGUGUUUAUUUUCAACGGCGCUAAAUUUCCACACUUUUUUAACAUUUAGCAGUCUCAAAAUAAAUGUUUAAUAGUUUCAUAUACUCUAUUACCAAUCAUUCUUGGGUUUUAUUCUAGUAUGUAAAAUCUUUAAUCUGAAAUUGAAACUAUUGCAAUGAAGUUCAAUUUUAAAAAAUGGUUCAAAAAGUUUCAAUCUUUGCUGUGUUAAAAACCCUCCUACGAGUCUUUCAGAUACAUGUACAGAUGCUAAUAGUUCUCUUUAUUUUUUAAUAAGUUCACUGUGCAUACCUUUGCAGUCUUUUCUUUUCUGAUAAAGAACAUGUAAAAAUAUCUAGGUAUAUUACGGCUGUACUCAUUUUUCAUUACAUUGGUGUAGUCAUUUUUCUAUCUUUUGACGACAGUAUUCAAUUAAUUUAGUUUAUAUAUGUACUCCUGGAAACACACUUUUAUCCAUGUUAUCAAUUUUUAUUUUCUUAUAUUCACAUUUUCAAAUGUCUGUGUGUGAUAACCUUACAAAUUAAUUUUGAAGCCAGUCGCCCAAUAAUUUCAUAAAAGAUGAGCGACGCCAAAUGGGCCGAAAAACGGCAUUGGCUGCGCUGCGUAGCAAUACAUUGCAUGUGCUACAUGAAAAAAUAGUGGUUUUAAAAUAUUGUUUUAAAGUGUAGAAAUUGGAAAUAAUAUUAAUAUAAGUAAUAAGGAAUCAUUCUUUGAAUAUUAUGAGGUGAAAAUUUGGUCGGAAUGUGGUCAAAUCUAUCAUAAAGCCCUUUAGGCGUUGUUGGAUUUGACCUUAUUUGAUUCCUUAUUUCUUAAAUAAAACCGUAUGUAUAAUACACAUAUAUAAUCACAUUCAUUUAGACGGUGUGUUUUCUUGACUGAUGGUAUUUGCAACCAUUAGUGGCAGCUGUCUUAAGUUUCUUUUCAUAAAGUUUAUUUUCUAUAUAUUUACAUGUAUACAAUUCCUAUUACAUAUCAUAAAUAAAAUAUAUUUCUUUAACUCAGAACAGCUCAUUUUUUAU